UUCUUCGUCGGCAACUAUAACCAGGCCAUCGAUGCCGCAAAACGUGACCUCAGAUUCCUAUUGGUUUACUUGCACUCAGACUCCCACGAAGACACCGACGCCUUCUGUCAAUCGGUUCUCAUAAACCAGCGGUUCAUCGACUGUCUUACUGAACACAACGUGCUAUUCUGGGCGUCGUCUGUCACGUACGCCGAGGGCUAUAGUGUGUCGCAACAGCUGCGCGAAAGUAGUUAUCCGUUUCUGGCACUGAUUGCCCUCAAACAGAACCGGAUGGUUGUGGUGCGCAAGUUGGAGGGAACCGCUCACUUGGAACCACUCAUAGCCCAACUUAGAGCCUCUAUCGAAGUGAACCGCUCGGCUCUGGACACCGUGCGACUCGAGAGGGAGGAGCGCAGUAUGAAUCAGUUGCUCCGACAGGAACAGGACCGGGCUUUCAGGGACUCUCUGGAAGUGGACCGACAGAAGGAGCGCAAGAAACUGGAGGAGAAGGCCCGACAGGACGCCGAAGAGGAGGCCAAGAAACGGGUCGAGUUGGAGGCAAACCAACGCAAGGAACGGCUCCUUCAGCUGAGGGAGGAGUUGGUCCGCGAGAUACCCACUGAACCGCAACCCAACGACACGAAUGCAACACAUAUUGUGAUUAAACUGCCGAAUGGGACGCGUCUGGAGCGACGGUUCCUUAAGACUGAAUCCAUUAGAUAUUUAUAUUACUUUGUGUUUUGCAAUAACGACUCUCCGCUUAAUUUCAUUAUCCGCACGAAUUUGCCGACCCGUGACCUGCCCGGCCGUUCACCACAACUCGAAGACUUUACAUUCGGUGACAACAACACCAUCACUAGUGUCGGCACCGACACGCCAGAGCCCACGCUAUUAGAGGCGGGUCUCGGGGGCAGAGAAAUGCUUUUCGUACACGACUUAGAAGCCUAA